GAUAUUUUUCUUACGACUCACUGCGUCAACCAAGUCGAGUGGAAGAGGGGAAGCCAGAAACUUCGAAACGUGGAGAAACGCUAUCAAGAUGAAAACUCUAAUAAUCUGGCUUAGUAUUCUAUCAGUUGUACGCUCAUCGGCACCCAAUGACAUCAGUAAAGAAAAAGAAGCAAAAAAGGAACUUCCACCAAUCGCCAACCGAUUUGGAGAGUUUAUGGGCACUGGAAAGAGGGAACUUCCACCAAUCGCCAACCGAUUUGGAGAGUUUAUGAAUACUGGCAAGAGGGAACUUCCACCAAUCGCCAACCGAUUUGGAGAAUUUAUGGGCACUGGCAAGAGGGAACUUCCACCAAUCGCCAACCGAUUUGGAGAAUUUAUGGGCACUGGCAAGAGGGAACUCCCACCAAUCGCCAACCGAUUUGGAGAAUUUAUGGGCACUGGCAAGAGAGAACUUCCACCAAUCGCCAACCGAUUUGGAGAAUUUAUGGGCACUGGCAAGAGGGAGAUUUCUAAAAUAGCCAGUCGGUCAGAAAAAACAUCCGAAGACAAAACAAAAAAAUAACAUUGCGGAUAAAGUAGAAAUUUGAAACUCAAGAAAAUACAUAAUAUAUAUAGUACAUCCGAAAGCUAGCCUACUCAAGCUCUUUAACUUAUGUAAAUUAGCUUCGUGACUUCAUUCUCUUCGUGAUACUCUCAGGUCUAAAUAUAAUUAUGAGAGAGUACAACUAAAAUUAAUUGAAGGAAAAUAUACUACAAUAAAGGUCUCAUAGUAACUUAACUUAUAA